UGAACGGACUGCUUUCUCAGACCUGUCACCGAAACCACCACUAUGCCGACCUUAACUGGCUCUAUCUCUGAAUUCUUCAGCUCGCUUGCGGGCAUAUUCUUGAACCUCCUCAACUCCGUACUCGCCGUCUUCCAGAGCAUACUCGCCCUCGGACAGGGCUUGAUCGGAAAUGUCCUCCAACUUGGCCAGAGCAUCGUCAAGCUGGUGGCUGAUUUGUCUCAGAAUGUACUCGGCUUUGUCAUAGCAAACCUCUUCGCCAUCCUGCUUCUUGGCGGAGGAUACUACUGGUACACAAACGUGUACCAGGGUGGCAGGAGAUCUGUCACUGGUGGCAAGAAACGGGCGUAAUGCCGACCUCCACGACUGCAUGAUUUUAUGAUCAUCUUACAGCAUCUACUAUCCGAUGUUCUAUUAGUAUACCAUUGUACUAUGUCCAUUGUAAUUCUGCCGCGAUGUAUCGAAUAUACGCGCUAGUGUUGCUCACCACU